AUAAAGAGAAUAGAUCAAGGAAUAGGCUUGCCAUACCUGUGCCAUGGACAGCGCCAUCGAAGUAAUGAGCAGGGAGUACGAGGAGCUUGUGGCGGCGGCUGUGGAGGUGGUUGAGAAGUCCGGUGGUCAGCCUGGUAGAGCACUUGAGGAAUUGAAGCAGAGAUGGCAGCUGUUCAUGGCCGCAUGCGACGAAGCAGAGGAAGUGGUGGAGUUGGCAAGGAGGAGGAUCACGGCCGAGCAUGUGAUGGAUGUGGCCUCUGGGAUGGCACCGGAAGGAUCAGCAAUGCCACCAUUGCCGCCCAUCAGCAGUUAACUCUCUCACUGUGGAUCUCCUACAAGGCUCACUGCUGACGGCUCACGAGGUGGAUUGAGCUUCACCUGCUUCUACUGCUCGGUUGUACCAAAUAAAGUGUGCAAGUGAAAUUCUAUAUAAGCAGCUAC